CCCCCCCCCCCCCCUGUUGUUCAACUCGGUGUGUGUGUGUGACGCUUUAUUCAAGAUGAUGUUCAAACCCUCAUCGCCGCUCUUCUCGGGUCUUCUCUGGAAGAUCCCCUGGCGCAUCUCCGCGCCCCAGAAAGCCAGACAGCGGAAGCGGCUCCGCGCCGUCGACCGCGUCGUGGACACCGUGAGCGCCGCGCUGGCCCGGAGCGGCCAGACGGCCAAGCCCGUGACCCGGUGGUUCAACGAGAUGCCGCGCGAGGAGGAGAUGCUGCCCAAGGACAAGUACACCAUCUUCGACAAGAAGGAGAAGAAGUACCGGAAGGGGAUUCACAAGCUGCCCAAGUGGACGCGAGUCAGUCAGAGAGUCAACCCCCCUGGUUUCUAAACGAAGCCCGUCCUUUCGCUCGCACGCUGGAUUAUUGCGUAGCAUCCGCACGAGAAACAAGCACCCCUUACUACCGAACUCCUGUCUCGCACACAACGAGUUCGAGUCUUUACGCUGUAUUAUACACCAUCACAUUCCACCACCGUCCAUGUGGAUCACCCCUUUCCGAUAAAGAGGCUUUCGAGUUGAGGAAGACGGAGCACGGGGAAGGGCGACUAUCGGAGUUUUUAUCUUUUUUUGGCAACUGGGAGAUGACACAUCAUAACUGCAUUGGUAUUCCUUGAUAUUCACAAUGUUCAAUUUUUUCUCGCCUGAUACCGUACAUCCAUUAUGUUCGCAUCGCCCGAUUGAGCUGUGUGUUCGGUAUUUUCUCGACAGUGUAAAGAUAGGUGGACAUAUAGUCAUAUCAAAGAGAGACAGCUUGGAAAUAAGAAUAUGGCAAGAAAGU